UGCGUGGCGGCGGGACGGGUGCGGGUGGGCCUCCUCUGCGACACGGGGCACUACGCGGCGGCGCUGAGGAGGGAGCGGUUUGCGGCAGCGGGAUGUGGCGGCCGGAGCAUCCGCCGGCGGGCUCAGGCUCGCUGGGCUGCCCCGACCUGCUGCGGCACGUAGGCAGCCCGUGCUCGCCGCUAUCCCCGCUCUACCUCGGCUUCUUCGAGGAGGAGUGUCGCGCCAACGCCACCCGCCUGCGCCUCGGCGCUGCGGCGGAGCCUUCGGGGGGCCCGGGGGAGCGCAGCGCCCUGUAGCCCGACGCCGCCGGGCCCAUCACCUCCACGCCGCUGCGCGCCUCGCCUCCCCUCGACGAGGGAGCCUCGGACAGCGCCACACCCGCCGCCCGCCCGAGCACGGAAGGCUGCGAGGCUGCUCCGGGCCCGACCCGUGGGGAGCCCUGGAGCCUCCCGCAGCCCGCCGCCGGCUCUUGCUCCGGCGCAGCGCGGCCCGGCUCCCGCCUCGCCCGCCUGCAGGCCCUGUCCUAUAAGGCAGCACGGCGCGGUGCCGGACAGCCACCCUGCGGCAGGCCAGGCCCCGCGGGCCACCCCCGCUCGGUCACCAGGCUGCGGCAGGCUCGGGUCUCUCCCGGGCACGGGCCUCUCUCGGUCUGGAGCUCCCCAAGGCCGGCAAGGGGCUCGGUGCCCAGGGAACGAGGCUCGCCCAGCCCCCAGGUACCAAGCUGAAGCUGAUGCUAGCUGCCAAGUCCAGGCUUCAGUAUCCAAGUGAGGCUUUGCAGCUGGCUCAACGUUCUGCUAUUCCCAAACGCACCCUCCCAGACACAGAGAUGGAAGGCAGCCCUCCUGGAGGCUCUCCACAGCAAUUCCUACUGUGGCUUCUUGCUCCUGACUGUGACCAUUGAGAAAACUGGCUUCCCCUAAGCGCUUUUGCCUCGGUAAGGCUGACCAGAUGUGGGUGUGUGUGGGGUCCUCCUUUUCCAGUAAGUUGGUUCCUGGCCCAUCUCCAGGGUGUAGGGAUGCAGUUCCCGCUGAGCAGGUAAGAGCCAACUGUGUCCUGGCACCAUGGAGCACCGUUCAGCCUGUGGCUUGGGCCAGCUGUGCCAGAGGUGGAAGGUGGUGAGACCCGAGGCUGCCAAUUUCUGGGCUGGCACCUGAGCUGUUUUAGCCUUUCCCUGGAGUUUACACAAGACCUUGUGCAUUUGCUGCAUGGUUUUACCACCUGUCCAGUGCUCAGGGGACUGCAGGCUUCUGUCCUGUUAAGUUUUAAGGGGCUUUUGAAACAUUCACACCCCCUGUGGCUUGUGGUGUCACUUUUAUACCUCCUGACAUGUUGAACGUAUCCCCAGGAUGGGGCAAGCAGAGCCUGCAGCAUGGUGAGGCUCCAAGGUGUGAAGUUUCCUACCUGCAAAAUAUGUUUGCAUUUGCCAGCAGUUUUAAGGCUCUUUGCUAUGUGGCAGUAGCCUGCCAAAGGGAUCCUUGUGACCCAUGGGCACUGGCAGUUGCUCGCUGACGAGUGAACAGUGGCUCCUUUGCCAGGCACCACUGCUGCAAUGAACACAUCCUGGCAGUGGUCCUGGGGGUGCUAGGUUUGGGGUGUCGGUUGGGCUGCGCUGGAACAGUGCCACGCUCCUGAAGCAGGGGUGAAUGCUGAAACGGGGCCCUGUUCUGACAUGCUGUGGGAGGUGAGCAGGGUGCCCCAAGCAGAAGAACUGCUGGUGUGUGUGUGUUGCCUGCAGAGGUGCUGCUCCUCUACAGCAGGGGCUGGGCUGCAGGUCACUGCAUGGGGGUGACCACUCCCUGCAUCACACUUAACACCCUGCUAUUGCCAGUCUGCAGGUGAUCAGCUGUCCCAGGAGCUGAAGUGUGUGAAGAACAAGCUGGAGCAAGUGAAGGGCGAGCUUGCUGACAAGACUGCCCAGUGUGAAGCUGGUCGCCAGACGAUCUCCUCCUUGCAGGCUCAGCUCAGAGCAGCAGCGAUGAUGGCCCCUGGGACCCCUGGAGCCCUGUGCUGGAAGACCGUGACUGGGGGGAAGAUAAACUGCCAGCCGACCAUGAAACUUGUCCAAGACUUGCUGCUCCAGCUGGAUGCACAUAAGUCUAUGGGGCCCGAUGGAAUUCAUCCCAGGGUACUGAAAGAGCUGGCCAAUGUCAUCGUGGGACCUCUCUCCAUUAUUUCUCAAUGGUUCUGGGAGUCUGGAGAGGUCCCAGUCAACUGGACGCUAGUAAAUAUUGUCCCAAUUUUCAAGGGUAGGAAGGAAGACCCUGGUAAUUACAAGCCUGUCAGUCUCGCUUCAGUGCCUGGUAAAAUUAUGGAGAAGGUUAUUCUGGGAGUUACGGAAAAACACUUGAGACAAUGCAGACAUUGGUCAUAGCCAGCACAGGUCCAUGAGGGGAAAGUCCUUUUAUGACAAGGUCAUCCAUCUAGUUGACCAAAGGAAGCCAGCAGAUGUGGUGGUUUUGGAUUUUAGCAAAGGUUUUGAUGCUGUCUCUCACAGUGUCCUUCUGGAUAAGCUGUCCAGCACACAGCUGGACAAGUCAUAAUAUGUUGGGUGAGCAAUUGGCUGAUGGGUCAGGCUCAAAGGGUAUAAUAAAUGGGGUUACAUCAGGCUGGUGACCAGUCACCAGUGGGGUUCCCCAGGGCUCAGUUUUAGGGCCAGUGCUUUUUAAUGUUUUUAUAAUGAUCUGGAUGCAGGAAUCAAAUGUAUGUUAAGUAAGUUUGCUGACAAUACUAAACUAGGAGGAGCUGUGGACUCCCUCGACAGUAGAGAGGCCUUACAGAGAGAUCUGGAUAGACUAGACAGCUGGACAAUCACCAAUUGUAUGAAAUUUAACAAGAGCAAGAGCCAGAUUCUCCACCUGGGACAGGGCAAUCCUGGUUAUACACACAAAUUGCAGGACGAGGGGCUGGAGAGCAGCCCUGCAGAAAGAGAUCUAGAGGUUUGGGUUGAUGGCAAGUUGAGUCAACAGUGUGCCCUGGCAGCCAAAAAGGCCAACAGUAUCCUGGGGUGCAUCAAGCAUAGCAGCGCUAGCCGGUUGAUGGAGGUGAUUGUCCCACUCUACACUGAACUGAUGCAGCCACGCCUGUACUGUGUGCAAUUUUGGGUGCCUCACUAUAAGAAGGACAUCAAACAAUUAGAGUGUGUCCAGAGGAGGGCAACCAAGAUGGUGAAAGGCCUUGAGGGCAAGACUUAGGAGGAGCGGCUGAGGCCACUUGGUUUGUUCAGCUUAAGAGAAGAGAAGGCUGAGGGGUGACCUUGUUGCAGUCUACAACUUCCUUAAGGGGGGCAGUGGAGGGGGAGCUGCUGAUCUCCUCUCUCUGGUGACCAGCAAUAGGAUACGAGGAAAUGGAAUGGAGCUGCAUCAGGGGAAGUUCAGAUUGGACAUUAGGAAAAGGUUCUUCACUGCAAGGGUGGUCAGUCACUGGAACAAGCUCCUCAGGGAAGUGGUCAUGGCACCAAGCCUGUCAGAGUUCAAGGUGCAUCUGGACAAUGCUCUUAGUCAUACGGUUUAGUUUUAGGUAGUCCUGCAAGGUGCAGGGAGUUGGGUUCGAUGAUCCUUAUGGGUCCCUUCCAACUUUAGAUAUUCUAUGAUUCUAUGCUCCAGUCGUGGAAGGUGAUGGGGCUCCAAGGGCUGAUUCAAAUCUGCUUCUGCAGGGCUUUUUGGCCCCCUUUCGGGGCUGAAGCUACAUCCUACCCUCCUUGGCACUGGCUUUGUGCUCCCUGCCACUGUCUGCCUUCCUGCUGCUCCUGUUGGGACGUGUGCUUGGCUUGCUCCGUGCCUCCGCCUGCUCCCAGCCCUUGGCCUGUGCUGCUGAAUCAGAGCCCUGAAUGGGACGGGAGGAGAGCAGUAGACUGGGAGGUGGGGAUGAGGCAGUGGGAACAUGGAUGCGGAGGUGUGUGUGAGGUCUGGAAGCUGGAGCCAUGUUCAGUGCCCUGGUGCUGGGCUCUGCCCAAAACUGCCUCCCAACAGCUGCGGUUGCAAGAGAGUUUCUGGGAAUAGGUGAGUCUUGAUGUCAUCCCCCCCCUUGCCGCUGUGGGUACCCUGCCUCUGCUUGGCUGGGCUGGGGUGUUCCCCCUGGAGUCCUGCUGUGCCCAUGGUGCUGCUGGUCUUGCCCAAGAGCACCCUCAGCGAUGGAGCUGCCUGCAGUGCCACAGGCAGCCCAGGAGGGAGCAGGAAGCCUUUUUGUCUCCCUGGCCCUUGUGUGUGCAGCCCCGGGGGAGGUGGGGUGGGCAGGCACCUAGCGCAGGGCCUGCAGCACCCUGCCAGGUGCUUCUGUCUGCUCUGCUGCAAAUGGCUGGGAGCCUGUUGCCUCAGUAUCCUCGUCAGUGGUGCUGGAGCAGAGACUUGUCUGCCAUCCAGAGGGACCUUGACAGGCUUGAGAGGUGGGCCUGUGUGAACCGCAUGAAGUUCAGCAAGGCCAAGUGCAAGGUCCUGCACGUGGGUCGACACAAUCCCAGGCACAGCUACAGGCUGGGUGGAGAAUGGAUUGAGAGCAGCCCUAAGGAGGACCACUUGGGGGUGUUGAUUGAUGAAAAGCUCAACAUGAGCUGGCAGUGCGCACUUCUAGCCCAGAAAGCCAACCGUGUCCUGGGCUGCAUCAAAAAUGGUGUGACCAGCAGGUCAAGGGAGGUGAUUCUGCCCCUCUGCUCCGCUCUUGUGAGACCCCACCUGGAGUACUGCAUCCAGCUCUGGGGGCCCCAGUACAAGAAGGACAUUGAGCUGUUGGAGCUAGUCCAGAGGAGGCCAAGAAGCUGAUCGGAGGGCUGGAGCAGCUCUGCUAUGAGGACAGGCUGAGAGAGUUGGGAUUGUUCAGCCUGGAGAAAAGAAGGCUCCAGGAAGACCUAAUUGUAGCCUUCCGGUACCCGAAGGGGGCCUACAGGAAAGCUGGAGAGGGACUGUUUAUCAGUGUAGUGAUAGGACAAGGGAUAAUGGGUUUAAACUAAAAGAGGUCGAUUUAGCUUAGAUGUUAGAAAGAAAUUCUUUACUGUUAGAGUGGUGAGGCACUGGAACAGGUUGCCCAGAGAGGUUGUGGAGACUCCGUCGCUGGAAGUGUUCAAGGCCAGGUUGGAUGAGGCUUUGGGCAACCUGGUCUAGUGGAGGAUGUCCCUGCCCACGGCAGGGGGCUUGGAACUAGAGGAUCUUUGAGGUCCCUUCCAACCCAAACCAUUCUAUGAUUCAAUGAUUCUAUGCCAGGGAGGGGCUGGCUCUCCUUUCGGCAUUGCUGCCUGUUUGAAUGGGUGCUCAUGACAUGCAAGCUCUGGAUUGCAUCAGGAACAGGUUUUUAGGCAACUGGUCCUAGCCUGUGUGCUGGAGAGAGGGCUGCUGGCUCUUGCCUCGCUCCAGGCUGCCUUGCCGACUGCCAAAUGGUUCUCCUGAGACUGGUGUUUCCCAUCACUUAGAGCUGCCUGUUGCUCCCGGAGUUGAGAAGACUGUAGUGGAGCAGUGUUGGCGUUGGCCGGAACUUACUCCCUGCGAAGCACAUGGGGGUCGGGGCAGAGCCUCCCCUCCGUGUCUCGGGCUGAGCUCUGGCUGUGCUCCCUGUGGCAGGGCUGGCCUCCCCGCUGUGCCCCGGCGGAGCGAGGUCGGGGCAGGCUCUGCCUUCCAGGCAUAUCUGGGCUCGGGGGACCCCUAGCCGCCUCCUCCAUGGGGUUUCCUGGGGAAGCACGGCUGAUGCCACCGGCCGCACAGUCCCUUGCCCUAGGCUCGGCGUUGCCGCCCGCAGCAGCCGUACUCCCGGGAGCCGUGCCGUGCCUGGCCCCCUCCCCGGUGCCAUUUAUGACUUGAAUUUAUAUUUUUUUUUUAAAUCGGGGGGCGGGGAGCAGGGUGGCAGGGCGCGGGGAACUGGGGUCGAGCUUUCCCGCACCGGCCGCGGGGCUGGUCCCUCUCGCCCGUCGCUUUCCCUGGGGCGGCGGGGUGGGUCUGCGGGGAGGACCGCCCAGGGGCGGGGGGGCAAGUGCCGGUGCCUGUUUCCGGGCUCGGCUCGGGGCGCUGCGGUCUAGCAUCCGGCGUGCUCUUCAACCCCGUCGCGGCACCGGCAGUCCCGGGGCGAGCGGAGCGGAGCUGAACUGAACGGGACCGCACCGGAGCGAGCCCAGCCAUACCGAGACGAGCCGCGCCGCCGGUGAGUCGCGGCGGGCGCCGCCGCCGGGCCGGGCGGGGCUUGGCGCAACCAGUGUCGCGCUUGCAUCAGCCGUCGCCCGCACGUGGGGCUGGUGCGGGCGGCGGCCGGCACCUGCCGCGGCGCCCUGUCCCGAUCCUGACGUCCCCUGGACAGCGCCGGGCUCCCCGGCGGGAUGGGGCGUUAGCUGGCGGCUCCCCAGGGCUGGAGAUGCCCCCGCGGGAGACGGGGUGAGGGUCUCGAGCGGGGGCUGACGGCCCCGGCAACGGCCCUGGGCCGCGGCAGGAUGCAGUGGGCAGCGGGAGGCUCCUACCGGUGGGAGCUCUCGCCCGACACGUUGCUUCUCCUCUACCCACCCAUAGCUCACUGCGUGCUAUCCAUCUCCAACACCAGCGUGACAGCGUAGCUUUCUGCGAGAUACCUCUCCGGCCAUGGGCUAAGCCUCCCCGGAGCGAGCCAGUCCCCCUGAGCAGCUUUCCCUGGGCCAGCUCUGACGGGUGCUGGUAUGGGUCUGGGUGCUUAACGUGUUCCUUUCACUGGAUGCGGCAAAUCCCAGCGCAGCAGGGCCUGUGGGGGCUAGGUGCGGGAAACUGUCCCACAUCUUCCUGCUUGGCGCCUUUUUCUUUGUUGCUCUGAGAAUAGGGGCUGAGCACGUUUCUGCUGCCAGCCCCAUGCUUGCAGUUUGCAGAGCUUGUGUUGGGCAUCAGAAGUCCUUGGAUCAAUUGAGCAGUGUUGGGGAAGGCAGCCAGAGCUGUCUGGGCAGUGGAUGGGGGAGGGUGCUGGGGCACUUGUUCCAUUGAAAUCUGGCCCAGAGGCUGCCCUGGGCUGGGAUGGCUUCUUGGGCCAAGGCCAAAUGUGGCACAUGCCAGUCAGGAGGAGGUUUCUCCAAAAACAGGCUGGUUUGAUGGUUAUGGGGUACAGCUGAGCUGGUGGCUGCCACUGCAACCGUGGUAAUCCUGCUCAGUGGAAAAGGGUCAGAAAGUUAUCCUUGUGUGUACAUACACUAAUCCAUGCAACGUGGUAUCGGUGCUGCGCCAGGCGCCUGGCUGGAGCAUGUUUUGUUCCCCAAUGAAAUGAGCAGCCAGAGGGGAGAAGGCGCUGAUGGGUGGGUGGUACAACGCUGGGCAUGGGGUGCCAGACAUGGGCAUUGGGAGCCACUUUUCUUGUGGCUCCUCUCAUCCUGUGCCGGCUGCCUGCUCCACAGGGUGCUCGUCUCCCAGACCUUUUGGGGGAUGGGUGGCUGCUGUGAGCAAGGUGAGUGGGGAUGUUUGAUGUUUAGGGUGAUUACAGCCUGCAGAGUGUGCAGGCUGCUCAGCAAGCACCAUUGGCACGUGAGGGAUGUGCGCUGAGGGCCCAUGCUGUGUGUGUGUGUAGUGCAGAUGCUGGGAGCAAAGGAGGAAUGGCUCCGUCCCAGUGAGUCAGCCCAGCCUGCCAAAUCCUCCGCUGGAGGAAUGCUUUGUCUCCAUGCCAUCGCUGCUGUGCACGCCCAUGUGCCAGGCCUCUGAUGCGCCAGCAGUCAAGUUUGGGCUGAGGGAUCUCCAGGCUGCCAAAUCAGUGAAGAGUUGCUGGGAGACAGCAGGCAAGCUCUGGGAUGUGCCCAGGGCCCCCUGGUGGGGACUACACAGGGCUUACUCAAAGAGCCUUUCCCACCAUGGACUUGCUGGGCUCAUCCCUGGCUCGCUCUCCUGGUGCAGGGGCUGUGCAGGUGGAGUAUGCACAGCCCCACGGUGCCUUGGAGGGAGCUGCCAUGGUCUCUGCCCCACCAGCGUGGCAGGGGUUUGGUGCUGAUGGAUUGGCUGGGAGCAGGCACAGCUCCUGUGGGUGUUGCUGCCUGCUCUGCUCUCUGCAGUGUCGGUCCUGCUGCCUGCGGGACACGGAGCUUCACGGUCCUAGAGUCCCUUCUCUUGCAGGGGUUUUGAGCAGCUGAGCACCACCCACGAGAGGACAAGAUGUUUGGGGGAAGAAUAACCAGCGUUGGGAAGAAGCUGAUCCGCCGGCGUGUGGUGGAUCUGAGCUCUGAGGAUACGCGUUUUGCUCGCUGCCUCUCCACACUGGACCUCAUAGCCCUGGGGGUGGGCAGCACGCUGGGGGCUGGCGUGUACGUGCUGGCUGGGGAGGUGGCCAAGGAGAUGGCUGGUCCCUCCAUUGUUCUCUGCUUCCUGGUGGCUGCUCUUUCAUCGGUACUGGCCGGACUCUGCUAUGCAGAGUUUGGGGCCCGCGUCCCCAAGACUGGCUCUGCCUACCUCUACAGCUACGUCACCGUUGGUGAGAUCUGGGCUUUCACGACUGGUUGGAACCUCAUACUCUCCUAUGUGAUAGGCACGGCCAGCGUGGCUCGAGCCUGGAGCGCAGCAUUUGACAACAUCAUCGGCAACCACAUCUCCACCUUCUUCAUGAACAAGACCACAGUGCACCUACCAGGGGUGCUAGCUGAGCGCCCAGACUUCUUUGCCCUGAUCCUGAUUGGGCUGCUCACUGCACUGCUGGCCUUCGGCGUCAACGAAUCUGUCCUCGUGAACAAAAUCUUCACCGCAGUGAACCUGAUGGUGCUGGGCUUCGUCAUAAUUGCUGGCUUCGUGAAGGGAGACAUCAAGAACUGGCAGCUCUCGGUGGAGGACUACAUCAACCUCUCACACCUGGACCCACUGGAUGAUGUCAGGAAUAAAGCUUUUGGCUCUGGCGGGUUCGUCCCCUUUGGACUGGAAGGGAUCCUGACCGGCGCUGCCACCUGUUUCUACGCCUUCGUGGGAUUUGACUGCAUUGCCACCACAGGCGAGGAAGCCAGGAACCCACAGCGUUCAAUCCCCAUUGGCAUCAUUGUGUCCCUCCUCAUCUGCUUUGUGGCUUAUUUUGGGGUCUCCGCAGCCCUGACCCUCAUGGUGCCCUACUUCCUCCUGAACAAGGAGAGCCCCUUGCCCGAGGCUUUCAAGGCAGUAGGCUGGGAGCCCGCCCGUUACGCUGUUGCUGUUGGUUCACUCUGUGCCCUCUCCACCAGCUUGCUGGGCUCUAUGUUCCCUAUGCCCCGCGUGAUCUAUGCCAUGGCAGAGGAUGGGCUGCUUUUCAAGUUCCUCUCCACCAUCAACAGUCGCACGAAGACCCCUCUGUCAGCCACCAUCACCUCAGGGCUCCUUGCGGCGAUGUUGGCCUUCCUGCUUGACCUGAAGGACCUGGUGGACCUCAUGUCGAUCGGCACACUGCUGGCCUAUUCCCUGGUAGCAGUGUGCGUGCUUAUCCUCCGGUACCAGUCCGGGCAGCUGAACUCCCCAAAGGCCAUGGAAAUGCUGGAGCUGAACGGGAAUGAGGAGGAGAGGGUGAUAAUGAACCCAACUGUCACUGCUGCCAGCGCCCAGCAGAAAGAGAUGCUGUCCCUGGCAACACUCUUCAACCCGCCCACAGACACCCCCACCAUGCUCUCGGGGCGCAUUGUCUAUGCCUGUGUCUCGGUCAUCGCCACACUGAUCACAGUCAUCUGCGUGGUCCUGACCCUCAAGGUAACUGCACUGAAGGAUGCCAAUGUGGGAUGGAUUGUGGCCCUGGUGGUGCUUCUCGUGGCUCUGCUCAUUCCCACCAUCAUCGUUUGGAUGCAGCCGCAGAGCAAUGCACGGUUGAACUUCAAAGUACCUUUCCUCCCACUCCUGCCAAUCUUCAGCAUCUGCAUUAACAUCCUGCUGAUGGUACAGCUGAGUGCUGCGACCUGGGUGCUGUUUGCCAUCUGGAUGGCUGUGGGUUUUAUGAUUUAUUUUGGCUACGGGAUUCGGAACAGCGUGGAAGGGAAAAACGCGGAGGAAUCUUGUGCCACAGAAGAAAAGCCUCUGCACCACCCUGGACUGGACCUUGGCCCUGGGGCUGCUGCAGUCUGAGGGACCAGGCACCAGCACUCUGUAUUCCUGCUGGGGGACAAGAUGAUGAUCCACAUGGUACACCCCCCUCUCCCAUGGGGAGCGAGUCCCAGAGUCAGGACUGUGGAGCUGGGUCGUGUGCUGCCCUUUCCCCUCUUAGAGCAGAGGUCACGGAGAUGAGUUCCCAGGGUGAGUGGGAGUGCUGGUGAUCUGGGGCUGGUCUCUGCCAUCCCCUGACCCUGCCAAGGGGCCAUGACACCAGCACAGCCCUCCCACCAUGGAAGCUGCUGUCAGAAAUGCUGCUUUCCCUCCCACUGGUGUCCCCACACGAUGCUGCAGCUGUAUUUGUUCUGUCUGUCCAUGUGGCUGUGGUCACCACCUCCUCUCUGCUUUCUAAGCACCAGUGAGUACAUGGCAGCCACGGCCGGAAUCGUGCGAAGAGGCUUGGGGCAGCUUAUUCUGGUAUUGCCAACAGUCAAGUGCUCCCCAGCAGCACGGAGCUCAGCUGGCCAAAACCCUCUGUGCCUGGGUUUUGCAUCCCAUGCUGAGCCCUGUGCUGGCCUGGCCAUGCUGCUUGGUGUGAGCAUCUAGCUUUCAGGUGUCUGUGAAGAUGUCCACAGUGUAGCGGUACCAGUGUCCAGCCUCAUAUGCCUUUGUGUAAUUGGUGUUUUAACGUCGACUUUUGUACCUAUUAAACUAAAUGUUUUUUUAA